CCGGGGGCCGGGAGAGGCGCGCGCGCUGACACCUGCUGCGGGGCGCGGCGUCGGGGACCCCACCUGCGGGCCGCCCCGCCCCGGCACCCCUCUCCUCCCCCGCGGGCUCCCGAGCAUUGUACUCACAUCCGGGGCUGGCUUUGCCUUAAUGCGAGACGUAAUUAACCCGGAAAAAAGAGCCGCAGACGCGGCGGGGCGGCUCCGAUCGGCUCCAGCCCGGGGGUCCCGGGGCCCCGGAGGCGCCUGCAGCCCGCGGGGAGCCCGCUCGGCCUCAGGCCUUGCCGCUGCACCUCGGGGGUGAUGUGAGCAGAGCCCAGGAAUGCCUUAUGUGGAUCGGCAGAACCGAAUCUGUGGGUUUCUGGACAUCGAGGAGAAUGAGAACAGUGGCAAAUUUCUGCGGAGAUACUUUAUUCUGGAUACCCAGGCCAACUGCCUUCUCUGGUUCAUGGACAACCCCCAGAACCUGGCAGCUGGGGCAGGCGCUGUCGGAUCUUUGCCGCUGACCUACAUCUCAAAGGUGAGCAUAGCUACCCCAAAGCAGAAACCCAAAACUCCAUUUUGCUUUGUCAUCAAUGCCCUCUCUCAGAGGUAUUUUCUUCAAGCCAAUGACCAGAAAGAUCUGAAGGACUGGGUUGAAGCCCUGAACCAAGCCAGCAAAAUCACUGUACCCAAAGCUGGGAGUGUGCCUGUGACUACCAAAGUCCUCAAAAGCCUCCCAGUUCCUGCAUCCCUGGAGAAGAAACCCCAGGUGGCCUACAAGACCGAGAUCAUCGGAGGGGUCGUGGUGCACACACCCAUCAGCCAGAACGGUGGUGAUGGACAAGAAGGGGGCGAGCCGGGCACCCAUGCCAUCCUCCGGAGGUCUCACAGCUACAUCCCCACGACGGGCUGCCGAGUGCCCAGCGGCCCUCCCCUCAUUAAGAGCGGCUACUGUGUGAAGCAAGGGAAUGUGCGCAAGAGCUGGAAACGUCGCUUCUUUGCACUUGAUGACUUCUCCAUCUGCUACUUCAAGUGUGAGCAGGACCGAGAGCCGCUUCGCACUAUACUUCUCAAGGACGUUCUCAAGACCCACGAGUGUCUGGUCAAGUCUGGGGAUCUCUUAAUGAGGGACAACCUGUUUGAAAUCAUAACAAGCUCCAGGACCUUCUAUGUGCAGGCAGACAGUCCUGAAGAAAUGCACAGCUGGAUUAAGGAGAUCGGAGCAGCUGCCCAGGCACUCAAGUGCCACCCCAAAGAAAUCUCCUUUUCUAGGUCCAUUUCUUGGACUCGUGCUGGCUGCUCCAACCCAUCAGGUGGGCCCAACUCUCUCCGGUGCAGAGGACGACCCCCUGGGGAAGAGAAAAGAGCCCUUGGCAAAGCCCCCUCUGUGGCCUCUUCCUGGCAGCCCUGGACACCUGUCCCUCAGGCUGAAGAAAAGCUGCUGCCCACUGAAGAGACUCCUGAGGACUCUCUGUUCACAUCUUCACCUGGGGAGAGCACCCGGCCCCUCCCCAGCUCUCGGAUAAGGCACAAAUCAGAGCCCCAUCACGCCAAGGAGAAACCAUUUCUCUUCAACCUGGAUGAUGAAAACAUUCGGACUUCUGAUGUGUGAUGGCAUAUGGUUCUGGGGGUCGGGAGGAGAAGGCAGGGCAAGGAGGCCAAGGCUCACGCCUUCAUUUGGAGGACAUUCACAGGCCUGUGUGGCUCUCAGAUUCUGUGGAGGUUUGGGAG